CGGCCGCGGGGUUACUCAGGAGCCGCGGCGGCAGCCGGGACAGCCGCUGGGCCUGGCGGGGGCCCGGUCGUCGGCGUUCACGGAGCCGUUCUGGGGUUGUCCCGCAGCCCUCGGGGCUUUCACGGUCCUGUCCGGGGCAAAAUCUUGGACGCCUUCGGAGAAGAGGUUUCAAGUAGUAAUGACAGAUUCAUCCAGCGAUUCAGACAACUUUCUUAGGGGUCGAAUAGGAAGGCGGCCGCCUUUGCGAGCAUCCCACAACAGAACUCGAAACUAUGGUGCUGAAGAAGUUACAGAGAAGAUCCAUACUUUAGCAAGCACUUUACAGGAUACCAACAGGAAUCUAAGACAUGUUGACCAUUUGCUAGGACAAUACAGAGAAUACAACAAGGAACAAACUGAAGCAAUAGCAACGUUAAAAGAAACACUGGAACAGUCUAUAGGUCAAUUAAGGAGCCAACGAUUAACCCGAAACUCUGGGAUGAGAAGUGCUUCUCUCUCAAGCUUAUACCCUAGUGAUAUGGAUGGAGAAGGAAUGUCAGGAAACCACCGCUUCGUGCCUACUUCUCCUUUCAGGGAUUAUGGAGACUCCCAGAGCAAUAAACAUCGAAGGUCUAGAUCUGCAAGUGUUCGAUUUGUCAAUGAGGCAGAUAAUUUGGACCAGCUGCACUCUUUCCACCAGUCUCUUCGAGACCUCAGUAGCGAACAAGCUCGCCUAGGAGAUGACAUCAGUCGGGAGCUUUCAAGAAGAAACCGAACUGAUGCUGAAUUAAAGAGGACUCUAGGAGAAUUGUCUGAAAAACUCACUGAGUCCCAAAGGCAAGAAACGGUAUCGGAACGUGUAGAGAGAAGACUUCAGGAGAUAGAACAAGAAAUGCGCACUGAAAGACAGCUUGUAGAGAAGCGCCAGGAUCAGCUGGGACAUAUGUCUCUUCAAUUACAAGAGGUUUUAAGGAAGCAAGUUGCUAAAGGAGAUGAAACAGAAGAACUUCUGAAAAAUAAACUUGUGAAAUAUGAAAGUGAAAAGAACCAACUUGAGCAGGAAUUGGAGCAGUCCCGGAAAAAGUUGAGUGAAUCAGAAGGCAGUAGAGAAGCUCUUUUGCAUCAGAUUGAGGAUCUUCGUUCCCAACUUUUGAGAGCAGAAGGGGAGCGUGUAGAGUUGCAGCGUCAAAUUUCACAUGUUACUAUGCACCGCCAGAGCUACCAGAACGUACAAGAUGAUGACAGGAGGAUUAGAACAGUAGCGGAAAGAUAUGAGAGAGAGAAGCAAGAACUAGAGAAGCACAUUUUGGAGCUUAAAGCAAAGCUGAGUCAUAAUACUGUAAUGUCAGAGGUAGAAGAACUAAAGAAAUGCAUAGAACGUAAGGACAAGGAGAAAGCCCAGCUUGUAAUGCACAUACAGGUAUUAACGUCUGACCUGGAAAACAGGGAGAAGCAGCAGGAAAAAAUGCUGGACCAGCUAAAGGAGAUACAGAGUUGCUACAAGGCUUGUGAGAAUGGACGUAGACAAACUGAACUCCAGUCUGCUGAGUUAGCCCAACAGGUUGAAGAGACUACCAAAGAAGCAGAACAGUACCUCACUGAAUUAAAGCAUUCAGAGGCACUCAGGCUCGAGACUGAGAAAAAAAGAGAAGAUCUGAAGGUGAGAGCACAGGAAACCAUCCGCCAAUGGAAGCUGAAAUGUAAGAAACUGGGUCUUGAGGUGGAAAAACAAAAUGAAACUAUCAACCAACUGAUGGACAAGAACAGUCAGGCCCUCAAAGAAAAGGAUGACCUCAGAAGUCAGCUUCUCUCUGCUAUACACCAAAUAGAAAACCUUCGGAAAGAGCUGAAUGAUGUGCUUACAAAGAGAGCCCAGCAGGAAGAACUCUUACACUGCAAAGAGGUAGAACUGAAUGAAAUGAAAUCUCACCAGGUAUCUCUUCAAGAAGAGAUCAAAGAAGUUCAAGGUACUGUAAAUAAAUUAGAAAAUGAAUUGAAAAAGCAAGUUCUUCUACAAAAUCAAGUGCAAGCUGAAAAGGAAAACUUGGAGACAGAACUUGCAACUAGUAACUUGAUCCAUAAAAAAGACCAAGAAAGACUCCUAGAAAUGCAAGCAGAUGUAAAAAACUUAAGUGCUGUACGUGUGGAACUAGCAAACAGAAUAGCAGAAGAGGAGAAAGUAAAAAAGGAAUUACAUAAGAGCCUGUUGGAUCUCCAGAAACAGCAGGAAUCUAAGCAUGAAGAGAUGACUUCAGCUAGCAGGCAGCUGAAGAUGGAAAGAGAAGUUCACCAACAGGAGUUGGCAGAUCUUAGAUCAGAACUACAAAAUGUUAAAAUCAAACAUGAACAAAACGUUCAAGAGCUCAUGAAACUCCUUGAACAAGAAAAGGAUGAUGCAGAGGCUCAGAUUAGAAUGCUAAAGAUGGAACUUGUAGAAGAGAAAAACGUAAUCAAGACUCAAUGUCGACAAUUGGAGAAGAUAAAAAUUGAGUGUGAUAAAUUGACAGAAGAAUUAUCCCAAAAUGAAGAAGAAAAUAUAAAACUCAGACGGAAAUGUGAGUUUGUAAAACAAGAACUUGAAAAAAAGGAUAAACAGAUCAGCAAUGAAGAAGAUAAUUUGAGAAGGAUGGAUGAGGCCAGACUGCAGUUUAAGGACCAGCUGCGUCACUUAGAAAUGGAACAGGAAUCCAUUCUCACCAUGAUAGGAAGUGAAAUUGAUGCUGCUUGUGAAAUUUUUUCUCGGGACUCUGUGGAAAAAUUCAAAGCAAUAUCACUUAUGCCAACGGUUCUGAAUGAUCCUCAUCGCUGGUUAGCAGAAACAAAGACCAAGCUUCAGUGGCUGUGUGAGGAGGUAAAGGAGAGAGAAAGUAAGGAAAAAAAGCUGCGAUGCUACUUACUGCAGAGCCGAGAACAGCUCAAGCACUUUACACAGUUGAAAGAGGCUGAACAUCAGUCUCUCUUUAAGCAGAUAAAAAAGCAAGAAAAACUUCUGGAAGAAGUUCACAGAGAAAAAAGAGAGCUACUAGAGAAGACUCUCAGAAGAGAGGAAGAAGUGGGAGCUCUCCAGGAACGUAUUAUGGCCUUAGAAGUGAGUACUCGAGUAGCUUUGGACCAUCUGGAGUCUGUUCCUGAGAAACUGAGCCUGUUAGAAGAUUUUAAGGAUAUUGGGGAGUCCCAUUGCCGAAGGGAGAUGAUUGAGGAAAGGUAUGCAAAGUAUAAAGAAAUAGUGAGUUCUCUAAAGCAACAACUGGAAGAUUCAAAACAGAGAGCCCCAAAAUUUAGGGACGUGAAAAUGGAUGCUGAAAUUUCUGAUAUAGAAGUGGCUGCUCCCUCUUCCAGCUGGCGAACUCAAAACAGCUUUUUGUCCAGCUCACUGCUCUCAGAUUCAGGUUCACUUAUGAAAAGAAUGGUUCCUUUUGAUACAAGUGCCACCAAGGAAGAUUCCAUUAAUGUUGCUGGCAGUGACAUGAAGCUGCAAACAGAAAGAGGGAAGCAGUAGCACAUUUUACAAAAAAACACCAGCUUUCUCUGUGGUAAAUUCCUUUCUGCUCUUCUUUGGUUUUGAACAGUAGUGAUUCCAUCUGCUAUAAGAGUGAUACACCCUUAGUGAUUCAGCUCUUGCCAAACACUUAAAUGAAAGAGCACCAAAAGUGACUCUAAUGAACACUUGUGAUAAGUUAUGGAACUUGUACAUAAAAGGUUUUCUGGGAUUAUGCUAUUCUAUUGCAUUUGUUUCUGCGGUCCUCCUAAUCUAAAUUUGUUGUAUUCUGGAAAUAUUAUGAAAUGAAAGACCUGUGAUAUUAAUCUUUGCUAUGAGCUUAUUCACCUCUGCACAGAAAUUGUUCUGACGUUUGUUUUUUUUAUAACAUUUAAUAACAUUAUUGAUAAUGAAAAAAUAUUCAGACAUGCCCUUUAUCCUAAUAUUUAUUGUGAGAUCCAAGAAAGAAGUGAUAAAUAUUAAAACCAAAUUUCCUCAAAAUCAGUGGGAAUUUGUAUCGUGAUUUCAGGUUCAGCAUAUAUCUGUUAUCAGCUCUUUAGAAUUAUUCUUCUGACCAGAACAGUUUUAUCAGAUGACCUCUGGUAAGGCACUAAACAGCACCUGAAUCUCACCCAUCUGCAUUAAGCAUGUUGACGAGCAUUGCUAUGUGGCUAUGAAGAGUUCAAUAGGAGGGUUUAAUGAUUAUUUCUUUAUUCUGUUUUCUUCUCUUUUAGAAGAGACAUCAUAUACAUUUUUAAAUGAUAUGGAAAAUACAGUAUUGCACAGUUGCAUUUGUUUGGAUAUCUCUAUUCUAAACAAAGUGGAUACAAUUCUGUGUUACUGUGCUCUCAAACAGCACAUCACAGCAGAAUUUUCUGGUGUCAAAAGAAAUGAAAGUGUUUCUGGUAGUCUUUAUUUUACUCCCCUCUCUAGUGCUUCUGAUUUCAUCACUACAAAUGUGCCUGAAAGAUUAUGCCAAAUCUAUCAGCAUACUGCAGCAACAUGAACACCAUUGAAACAAUUUUGUUUUGUAGGCUUCUUACAUAUUUAGGAUUCUUCUCCAAAACACUGUGUUGUCUUAGCACUGUAGGUGUCUGAGACAUAAUUUGCAGGUCACUAUGUGCCACCUGAAAACAGGACUUUUCUUUUUUUUUUUUUUUAAUUUUGAUUAAUAUUCUGAAGACAUGUUCUGCAGCCCCAGGGGCUUCUCUGGACAGUGCACUUACUUGACAAUGCUGUUGUAUUCAGUCUGUUUCAAACAGAACUUCCUGCUGAGAACAUAAAAAUCGGACAAGGAAAUGAGAAAAAAAAGAAUUAAUUUCCCUUUCAUUUUCUGUGCACUUAAAUUACUUAAUCUUUUAAAAAAACUCUAAUUUGGUUAAAAAAGUUUUCGUUACCUGUUGUUUGUGUGGAGUGCUGUGCAUUGUAGUGCUGGCAUUGGCUUUUUGCAGACGUCUGGCACAUCCGCUCAUUCAGAAGGUCAAGAAAGCAAAACACGCACAUCCGUCUUCUUCUGAUCUCAAAAGCAAUGACAGGGUCAAGACAAAACCAGAAACAAAUAAACUUCUACUGUGGAAAAGGCAGGCCAAAUAGAAGCCUGUUUGUGUCAUAGUCUGUAAAAAAUGUGGAUUUCAUGAAGCAGUGUUUAGCUCAAGCCACAGUUACCAUAAAGUAAACUCACUUAAAGUGUAUUAAACAUUUGUAUUUUUUUUUUUUUUUAAUUACAUCAGAGUGCAGCUGGAAACACAGUGUUUAAAAUAUUUUAGCUGGUUUGGUGAAACAUUAACAAAUUGCAAAAUAAAACGUCAUCAGCUUGCAGGCUUUAUGGUACCUAGAAGUUAUGGCUAAAAUAUAGAAAGGUCAUUUUUAAUUAUAUUAUAAAACAAUAAAUUGUGCUCUCAAAACACCUCAUGUUGUAAUGAGGUCUGAUGCAUGAAUUGCUGAUGGAUAAAUGUAUGCCCAGCCCACUUUACUGAAGCUGAAACAAUUUUUAAGGUAAAGCGCCUGUUGGGAAUUGAAUGAGGCUUUAAGAGUCUCAACUGAGAAGUGAUGCACAGAAAAAUGUCUUCUCUUUUUCCUAAGGAAUUUGUAAAACUUUGGAUAUUGCUUGGUCUUUAUACCUAUUUUCCUCACUUGUAACUAAGAAAUUUGAAGUAUGUUUCCUUAAAAUAGUAUCACUGGUGCUUUAUAGUGUUAGAAAAAUAAGGAUAAGCAGUUUGAAUUCCCUCAUUAUUACAUUAAGUAUUAAGCACAAUGAAGGACAGAAAUGACUAUUAGGUGAAUAAUUUUCACUUUAAGACUAAGUAUGCUCAGUGCUUAGUAUAUUUGCCUUUGGCCAUGUGGCUGGUUUUUCAGCAGAGUUUAUAUCCUUUUUAAAAAUUUUCUGAAGGGCUGGGGAAACAGAAGGGAAGAAGUCAAACCACUAUUAAAAAAAAAAAAAAGAGGCAUUUUCAAUGAGUAGGCUUGUGGACUCCAAAGCCAGGAAAUUCUUUUUUAAAUUUACCCUCUUGGCAAGGCAGUCCAGAUAACAUGUAAUAUUUGUCUCUCUUCCACCUUUGGUAGAGGUUCAUAUUACAAAGGCUAAAGUUCCGUUCAUGACAUUAUGUGAAACUGUCCCUUUGUGGUUUAAGAAAUAAUAUUUUUUCCAUACUGGCCUGAAAUAGUAUUCCUCUUACCAGUUUCAGUUUUUAAAGUAGAAAAACAGAUAAUUUUUUCAUCAAACAUUUUGUAUAUUUCAGAUUUUUAAAAUUGCUGUCCCUUCUGGUAAUCAGGUUAUUUUUAUCCUUUAACCCUUUAAUGACCUGUUUGUCCAUUCCUGCCCAAAGCAGUAGUUUUCAAAAUCAAAAAUGUGGUAUCACACUUAAAAAUGGUGAUUUGUUUAUUUGUUCUGUUCAGCAUUUGGUAAAUCAGUCAACUUUGUGUGUAUGUGCUAAGUACACAAAGAUUAAAAAAGCUAGUAUCAGGCAGCCAUUUUUUUUAAUACUGUCCUGAAAUAUAAUGGUUCAAUAUUGUGCUUUCAGAAAUGCACUGAUCUUUUAUUUCAGCAUCAAAUAAUUGUCACUUGAAUAACCUUUCUAUUUUAUACCCGUUGGUUCCUUAAUGUUUUAUAGCAGUCCUUAGAGUACUUAUUUUUAAUUUUGAGAUAGUAUUUACUAAAUAUUCAGAAUAAUUUAUUUUUAUUAUGUAAUUAUGCAAUCCUAAGAAGAAACAUCAAAUUAAAAAUGAAACUUAGUCCAGGAUAAAAAAAUAAAAUUUCGCAGUGUAAAUUAGAGCAAUAUUCCUACAUUUACUUAUUAAAUUUUUUAUGGAAGCCAUUCUUCAUUGAUGGUAAAAGUACUCCUUGGAUAUCCAGACCACAGCCACGUUCUUACUGGCUAACCUACCAAAGAAAAUAAAGAUAUUGAAAAUUCCUCAGAACAAAGAAAAUACUAUUUUAAAAUCCACUUUUAAGCUGAGGAAUCUGCCUAUCAGUUAAUCUCUGGCUUACAAGGCAUAGUCUCUGCACUGUGUAGCACUGAAUGGAUUUUUCAUGAAUGAAAAUGCCACUGUUACUCUGAAAGUAAACGAUUAGGAAUUUUUGUGACACAGAUACCAUUUUUAUGGCUAAAAAUGAGUGGUAUGAAACCUGAAUACAUUCUCAUGUAUACAACAGGCAGAAGAAUUUAUUCAUAAGCUUAUCUGGGAGUGCUUGUUACAGGAGAAUUUUACCAUGGCUCUGUAAAACUCUUCAUGUUCAAAGUGUGUUAGUAAUAUAUUUAUCUCUCUCCAAACCCCAUCUUCACCUCACAGAUGUAAUUGAUACUGAAGCUCAUGUGAGCUGCAGGCCAAUAGUCUGGGGAUGCAGCCUUGUCAAAAAUGGAUGUGCAGGAGGACAUCACACAAAUUCUUGUGGUUUUGAUCUAAUUGUAGAAUUUGGAAGCAGAGGUAGAGGAAAACUGGUAGUAGAAGGAAUGGAAAGCAGCUCAUGAUUAAAUUAAAAUGUCAGGACACUUUUAUUCUUGGUGCCCUAGUUUAAAGACUACUUUAGAGCUAGUAUUUACAUCAAAAUAAAUGUGAUCCUUAAAUAAGAUUCCAUCUUGGAUAAAUUAUUUUUUUACAUACUAAAAUACUUUCUACUCUAGCACAGCUCAUCUCAACCUUUUGUUGUAAACAUGUUUGGCUGUUGUAUGAACUGUUUUGCUUUUCUAUGUAAAGAAUUAAAUUAAUUUUAAAUCUGAAGAAAAAGUUAGUGCUGUAUAUAGAAGUACAGCAGAGCAGAAUCUGAUAACAUCAGUCUUUCAAAAAUCUGUAAACUAAUACUUUUGGGAAUGUUGACAACAAAAAUGAAAGAGAUUGCUGUGGUUAAAAUACAGCAAUGUCCAGCGUUUGUCAUUUGUGCUGACAACAAUAGCUCUUGUGUUUCUAUAGCUAAAGUUGCAUAUCUGCCAUUUCUUGGGCUGUGUGAAUGGGAUUUUGUUUUAUUUGCCUUAAGAGUGGCAAAAAUGUCAUGGGUCUUGAGAAAAUACAUGUUUGUUUUUAAUUUCUAGUUAUUUAAGUACCUACUUGGUACUAUUUGGAACUAAAUAUCUUUUGAACCUGAUUGCUAACAUGUUUUCAUUGAAGUAGUACAUUUAAAUACAGGAACUGCACAAAGACAUCUCUUUUAGGGUAAUCCUGCUAUCUUUAGUUAGGAACAUGGCUUCGUAAUAGGUAUUUUUCUUGAACAGGUACAGCCUGAGUUGUCUGUUAUUUUUAUCUGUUUUCAGACCAGAAUUGUUCUGAUCUUGACUGCUUUUCUUAUCUGCUAUCCACAGUGCACUAAUAUGUUAGAAGACAUACCAUCAUCUCUUCACUUACCCCUUAUCGAUGAUUUUGGUAGUUGAUAUGCCCAGGGAAUUAUAUUAAUUAUGAAAACAGUUGUUUCUUAGAAUCUUGUUUACUGAAAUAAAACCUAAUUUUGAAGAUUAUCCCACAGGCAUAAGUAAAUAUGUCUUACUACAUUUGUCUAGAAUUUCUAAAUGCUACCAUUCAUUCUAUUUAGUUUGUAGUGCAAAAUAGUAACGGAUAGGCAUUGCUGCAAUAACCCAGAAAUAUUAUUGAUUCUAGACAGAAAAAGAGGCUGCAACUAAUUUAGAUCUGCCUAAGUGCUUAGUCUAGAACUUAAAAAAACUUCUAUUGCAAAGUAUAUUUCUUCAGUGUAUCAAUAUCAAAUUUCCCUCAGUAAAAACACUUGCUGAUGUCUAACAUAUUUCUGAUACUGAAAUUUGCUCAAAAUAAUCACACAGUAUCAUUCUGCAAAUGUGGAUUUCUGUGUCACUCACAUUGUUAAACAAGCAUUGAACUGGGGAGCUGGCCUCAUUUGUGUUCUGCCAUUAGGCUUUUAGAAUCAUAGAAUCAUUUCAUUUGGAAGAGACCCUCAAGAUCAUCGGGUCCAACCAUAACCUAACUCUAGCACUAACCCAUGUCCCUAAGAACCUCGUCUAAAUGCCUUUUAAACACCGUCAGGGAUGGUGACUCCACCACUUCCCUGGGCAGCCUGUUCCAAUGCUUCACAACCCUCUCUGUGAAAAAUUUUUCUUAAUAUCGAAUCUGAACCUUCCUUGAGGCAACUUGAGGCCAUUUCCUCUCAUCCUAUCACUUGCUACUUGGGAGAAGAGACCAACACCCUCCAUGCUACAACCUCCUUUCAGCUAGUUGUAGGCAGCGAUAAGGUCUCCCCUCAGCAUCCUUUUCUCCAGGCUAAACAGCCCCUGCUCCCUCAACAGCUCCUCGUAAGACUUGUGCUCCAAACCCCUCACAGAAACCACCAGUCACCCAGUUUUGCACUUAGUGUGGAAAACAAUGGAGAUAAACUGUGUUUUACUGCUGGCUAAAAGAACAGUUUGCUUCUCUGACAUAAUCUAUUUUGUGUAUGGAGCUCAAUGUGUGCACCAUUUUUAAUGAAGCUUCACUGCUGGUUGCAGCACUGACAACAUGUUUUCAUCCAAACAGCUGCAACCAUGAAGACAUCAUGUAGCUGGCAGACUUUUUGUUAUAUGUUUUGACUGACUUUGUCAGUCCGUCAGAAACCAUGGAGUUGUUUCGUUUUCACUGGAGAGGCCUCCAGUGCAGUCACAAAGCUGGAAAAGCCACAAAUCUUAGUGUGAACUACGUCAGCAGUGAGGCUCACUAGCCAUGGAGUGUCAAUCUGUUAGCAUGUGUUCCAUCAAUUGAUUUGAGGCCUGUAAAUUAACAAAUGACUAAUCAACAACUUUUUUUAAAGUGGGAUAUAUUAUUCUUAUUUGGUAGACAAAAAAUCUUUGUGAAAAUAGAAAACUCAUGUAUCAAAGUCAAGCAAUGCUUUAUUUUUCCAGAAUGUAAGUAAUUUCUACAACUUCACUAAGUUAUAGCUUUUAUCAAUCUCACUUCAUAUCAUUUCUUAUUGUGAGAGUCUUGCUUGCCUUGAUUUAGACUUAAUUAUGUUCUAUAUUUUGUGAAAUUCUGCCUCUGAUAAGAAAGAAAAGUAAUUGUAGUAGGUAAUUCCCUUCUGAGAGGAACAGGGGGCCCAAUAUGCAGAGUUGAUCCUCAUCAUAGGGAAGUGUGGAGUCUACUUGAGCCCAGAUCAGAGAUAUCACCAGGGCACUCCCCAACCUGGGGCCCUUGACAGACUACUACCCACUGCUGAUCUUCCAGACAGGUGGGGAGGAAGCUGCUUCCCAUAGUCUGAGGGCAAUGAAGAAAGACUUCAGGGCUUUGGGACGGUUGGUGAAAGAGUCUGAGACACAAGUUUUUUUCUCUUCCCUCUUUCCAUUUUUGGGUGAUGAUGUGGCAUGGAAUAGAAGGAUCCAGUCCAUAAAUGCUUGGCUACGAGACUGACACUGCAGGCAGGACUUUGCGUUCUUUGAUAAUGGCUGGUUCUAUAAGACUCCAGUCCGGACAGUAAUACGUGGGCAAGGUUUAUCUCACAGGGGCAAAAGGAUGCUGGGACAGGAAUUAGCAGGGCUCAUUUGGAGAGCUUUAAACUAGAUUCAAAGGGGUAUGGGAUUGUAAUUGGGCUUGUACCAGUGGGGCGACACUCUAGUUUUGGUGAAGACUGGGAGGUCUCCCACCCCCUAGGGUGAAAUCGGUGUGCUCAGCUCGCUGUCUGAAAUGCCUGCACACCCAUGCACGCAGCAUGGGGAAUAAGCAGAAGGAGUUAGAAACCUGUGUUUGGUCAUGAGAUUAUGAUCUGAUGGCAGUUAUGGAGACAUGGUGGGACAGCUCACAUGGCUGGAAUGUGGUCAUGGAUGGCUAUGUCCUUCUCAGGAAAGUCAGGCCAGCCAGGCAUGGUGGUGGAGAGCUGCUCUUUGCGUGAGAGAGCAACUACAAUGUAUUAAGUACUGUCCAGAGGUGGAUGAGGAGUGAGUUGAGAGUCUGUGGGUGAGAAUUAAAGGGCAGGCUGGCCUGGGUGAUAGUGUUGUGUAUGUCUAUUACAGGCCACCAGAUCAGAGUGAGGAAGUUCAUGAGGCCUUCUACAGGCAGCUGAGAGUGGCCUCACAGUCACAGGUCCUGGUCAUCAUGGGGCAUUUUAACUUCCCUGAUGUUUGUUGGAAGGACUACUCAGCCAGCCAGCCACAGUCUAGGAGGUUCCUCCAGCGCAUUGAUGAAAACUUCCAGAGGCAAAUGGUGGAUGAGCCAACUAGGAGAGAAACGCUGCUGGAUCUCAUUCACUAACAAGGAGGAUCUGGUUGAAGCAGUAAAGGUUGAGGGCUGCCUUGGUUGCAGCAACCAUGAGAUGGUGGAGUUCAGGAUCUCAUAUGGCAGGAACAGAAUAGCAAGCAGAAUUGCGACCCUGGACUUCAGUAGGGCAAACCUGGGCCUUUUCAAGCAAUGGCUAGGGGAAAUCCCAUGGGUGAGGCUGCUUGAAGGUAAAGGGGCCCAAGAUAGUUGGUUAGCAUUCAAGGGCUGCUUCUACCAGGCUCAAGUUCAGAGCAUCCCAGCAGGUAGGAAGUCAAGGAAAGGAGCCAGGAGACCUGCUUGGUUAAACAGGGAACUGCUGGGCAAACUCAAGUGGAAGAGGAGAGUUUAGAGAUCAUGGAAGGAGGGGCUGGCUGCUUGGAAAGAAUAUAAGGCUGUUGUCAGAGGAUGUGGGGAGGUAACUAGGAAAGCUAAGCCCUCCUUGGAAUUAAACUUUGUGAGAAGGGUGAAGGACAACAGAAAGAGUUUCUUCAAAUACAUGGCAGAUAAAACUAACACCAGAGGCAAUGUAGGCCCACUGAUGAAUGAGGUGGGUGCCCUGGUGACAGAAGAUACAGAAUUACUGAAUGCCUUCUUUGUGUCUGUCUACUCUGCCAGAGGCUGUCUUGAGAAGCCCCGUACCCCUGGAGCCAGAGGAGGGCAGGACAAUGGAGGAGUUCGCCUUGGUGGAUGAGGACUGGGUUAAGGACCAAUUAAGUAAUCUGGACAUUCAUAAAUCCAUGGGUCUGGAUGGGAUGCACCUGUGGAUGCUGAGGUUGCUGGCUGAGGUCAUUGCUGGACUGCUCUCCAUCAUCUUUGCUAACUCUUAGGGAAUGGGAGAGGUGCCUGAGGACUGGAGGAGAGCAAAUGUCACUCCAGUCUUCAAAAAGGGCAAGAAGGAGGACCUGGGUAACUAUAGACCGGUCAGCCUCACCUCCAUCCCUGGAAAGGUGAUGGAACAACUUAUCCUUGGUGCCAUCUCAGGGCAUAUCAAGCAGAAGAGGGUCAUUACAGGCAGUCAACAUGGCUUCACCAAGAGGAAGUUGUGCUUGACCAAUGUCAUAGCCUUUUAUGAGGUCAUAACCAGGUGGAUGGUAAAGCAGUGGAUGUGGUCUAUCUUGAUUUCAGUAAAGCAUUUGACACAGUUUCUCACAGCAUCCUUGCAGCUAAACUGAGGAAGUGUGGUCUGGACUAUUGGGUAGUAAGGUGGACUGUGAACUGGCUGAAGGAAAGAAGCCAAAGAGUUGUGGUCAAUGGGGCGGAGUCUAGUUGGAGGCUCGUAUCUAGUGGAGUCCCUCAAGGGUCGAUACUGGGACCAGUACUAUUCAAUAUAUUAAUCAAUGACUUGGAUGAGGGAAUAGAGUGUACUGUCAGCAAGUUUGCUGACGACACCAAACUGGGAGGAGUGGCUGACACACCAGAAGGCUGUGCUGCCAUCCAGGGAAUGAAAUAUAACAAGGGCAAGUGUAGAGUCUUGCACCUGAGCAAGCACAACUCCAGGUACCAGUAUAAGUUGGGGAACGACCUGUUAGAGAUCAGUAUAGGGGAAAUGGACCUGGUGUUCCUGGUAGACAGCAGGAUGACCAUGACCCAGCACUGUGCCCUUGUGGCCAGGGAGGCCAAUGGCAUCCUGGGCUGUAUUAGAAGGGGGGUGGUUAGUAGGUCGAGAGACGUUCUCCUCCCCCUCUAGUUUGCCCUGGUGAGACCACAUCUGGAAUAUUGUGUCCAGUUCUGGGCCCCUCAGUUCAAGAAGGACAGGGAACUGCUUGAGAGAGGCCAGUGCAGAGCCAUGAAGAUGAUUAAGGGCGUGAAACAUCUCCCUUAUGAGGAAAGGCUGAGGGAGCUGGGUCUCUUUAGUUUGGAGAAAAGAAGAUUGGGGGGUGACCUUAUUAAUGUUUUUAAAUAUGUAAAGGGUGAGUCUCAGGAGAAUGGAGCCAGGCUCUUCACGGUGACAACCAAUGAUAAGACAUGGGUCGAUGAGUGCAAACUUGAACACAGGAGGUUCCACUUAAAUAUGAGAAGAAACUUCUUCUCAGUGAGGUGAGCAGAACACUGGAACAGGCUGCCCAGGGAGGUUGUGGAGUCUCCUUCUCUGAAGACAUUCAUAACCCACCUGGACACAUUCCUGUGUGACCUGAUCUUGGUGUUCCUGCUCUGGUGGGGUGAUUGGACUGGAUGAUCUUUUGAGGUCCCUUCCAAUCCCUAACAUUCUUUGAUAACUAGAAAAGCAGCUGAUCCCAUACCUCCUUAGAAGCACUACUAAUUAAGUGGGUUGAUGCAUGAGUCAUUUUCCUCCAGAUCUUUUGUUUUCAUUUAAUUUGAAUAAAAUAGUGGUUUUUACAUUUAGUAGUCUGAAACUGCAACAUAAUGAGUUUUAUGAUGUAGCAUUUACAUUGGGAAAUUCUAAAACUAGUAAUUGCCCAGGCAUCUUAUACAUGUAUUACAUCACAUUUCUCAGUCAGCUAUUGGCACUGCAGUAUACUGUAAAAUGACCUUAAAGAAUCUGCAGAAUUUCAUUGGAUAACAGGUAUGCAGGAUGUCUCUGUACUGGGGUGAAGUCAUAAAGGUUGGUUUAUUUCCUCUAAACCUUGUUGUACCUGCUAAUGCAAUGGGAAUAGGCACAGUGGAAUGAAAUUCCUCAACAUGCAAUUAUUUCCUGACCUAAAGUUCCUGCAAGACCUUUAGUAGUUAAGCAAGGAGUCCAACUCCUGAUUUAAUAGAAAAGGCUCCCUGUCACAUUCUCAUAUAAGUUCAACUCUCAGCAGGGUAUUAGGGACAUCUAUGUGAAAAAAUGUGUAUCUGUCUUUUCUUUAUUAAAUUUUCAUCUUAUUUAUACUUUCUCCCAAGUUUGAUUCUGUGUGAACGUGUAAACAUGCUGCGACCUUCCAUUCCUGUCAAAUGCACCAGAGGCAGCAUGUUGAUGCUGACAUUGCUGUAGUAACCAGAACUAUUCCAAUUUCCUUCAAACUUGAUUUCUGUAAUGUAAGGAUGUGUUUAAACUUUUAAUAGCUAUGCAGACUUCCUGUAGCAUUCUGUUCACUUAAUUACAUAUCUUUCUUAUAGAUGUAGAUACACAUAAACGUGUUUAUACACUGUAAAACUUGACUGGUCAAAAAAUAUUACUCCUUUGUGCUUGGAAAUCCUGACUACACUAAAACUAGCAGAGGCCUUGCCUCUAAUACCAGUGGAGUUACAAUUUCAUGCUGAGGUUGAGAAAAGGGGAGAGAAAUAUUUUCUCAGUGUACUUUUUCAUUGCAUUUUGGAUGUCUGCAAGUCUAUAAUAUGUGUUGGUCUGGGGAGCAGGAAAUACUUACUGAAAAAUCCAGGAUCUUACAAGAAUAAUUGUGUAACAAAUGGUAAAUAUUUUGAAUAAUUUGGCACUCAUUUUUCUAUUAGAAAUUUUUUUCAAAACCUGAGAAAUAGGAUUUUACUUCAUUGAGGCUUUUGUGUAUUUACUUUUAGUUUUCAAGAAAACUAAAAUUUAGUUAUAUAAUGAAAGCUACUGUACUUCUAGAUGGCAUCAAUGCAGACUUAUGAAAUUUGCAAAGUUCUGAAAUGUUACAGUUCUUUGUUCCACUCUUGUGUGUUACUUCAGCUUUUUCAAAAUAAUGAAACCUUCUCAAAGGAGAAAGAGUUCAUUGUUAAGGUGUAUCAAUUGUAUUUCACAAUCAGCACUAAAUGUUUUGUUUCACAUCAGUUUUCAAGAAAAUCUAGUAAUUAAUUGACUACUGAUUUUAUUCUCUUGGUGCUGCAUUGAUCUUGGAAUGCCUGUGCUUGAUUUAUACCAAAAUGAAGCCAGAGUCAAAUCUCAUGUAUAAAGCAUAACUACCAAUCAGAAUACUAAGUGCUGAGACUGUGUCAAGUUAUUACCAUAUGGAGUGUAUGAAAGCUGUUGUGCUAUAAGUAUGUUGCUGCAAACUGAUAGCUUGACAGAGUCUGCAAGUAUUUUUAUGUAUGAAUUUGGUCACGGCUUUACCUGGAAAGUUCAUAUGUUAAUUUAUUGUCAACAUUUGUACCUACUUUCUGUGAUCAGAAUAUAAAAUGUUAGCCAAAGAGGCAGUAACAAAAGUAUUGAACUUCAUUACUUUUUACUGAGUUGGGACUUACUCCAACCUAUUCCUGAAAGCAAGGUCACAAGGAUUUACUGCAACUCAGGAGAUAGUUAGUACCUUUGCAGGAUCAAAGUUGCUAGCUGUACUCGUAAUUUAAAGUGUAACAUGAAAUAUUGUCAUUUUUGUAAGCUAACAAAAUAAAUUAUUUUUCCAAGCA